GUGUUCGAAUGAACGCUCUGAGCGUUCGUGUCUUAGGGUGAAAUUUUCUAGCAUAUCUAAUCACUGUACUUUGGAUUCGGACUAGUAUCUGUACCAUGGAUAUUGGUUUCUAUUACUCCAAUAUACACAUACUGAAAAUCAUACAAAAAUGUUAUUAGUACAUGUAUGACCAUUAUUACUUUUGUUUGCAUCUUUCUUGAAUGCAGGAGUCUUAUAACCUGGGUUGGCUGAAGCAUUUCAUUCUUCUGGGGCACUUAAUUAGUGGUUUCUAGCACAGCACAAUUAUACCACAACCCUGACUAUAAAGCUGCUUCUAAGCAUAACAAAACAAAGCUUAUCUAUAGUUUUGCUGUGAGGCAAUUUAGUACUGGACAUUCCUGUGUAUUGGGUGUGUCAGUUUAACAAGAGAUCAGCUGUGCCUGGUGCCGAUAUUUUCAUUUGCAUACAAGCCAGCAGCAUUUAGUAGACAACCAAACAGACUGGUGGUCAUUUCUAUGCCAUUAAAAUUCAGGGUGAAUCUUAUUAUUGCUAUUUAAUGGGAUGCGAGAGGACCUAACCAGUUUCUCCUCUAUAUGGAAAGCAUUCUGGUAUCUAUGAACCCAUCACGACCUUCUACAGCAGGGUUUAUUGAACUUCAUGUAUAUCAAGUUCCAGAUGAUCUAUGGAACUUCAAGUUAAAUAAGGUUUCCACUGAUGUGAUUAGUAAGUUCAUGUCAGUUGGGUUUAUAAGGGUGCCACCUGACAUGAAACUACGAACACUGAGAGAGAGACUUGGGGAAUUCCUGGGUGAUGACAUUAUACUUGAUAAGUUUGCAUUCCUAAAAUGUGUUGGCAGAAGCCUAGCAGUGGUAAAAGCAAAGCAAGAACAAGAGUUAAAGCUGAAGUCAUUUGCUCCACCUUAUGCUGCCCAACCUGAAUUGUAUCUACUAUUGGGAGCAGAAUAUGAAGGAAGUACCUAUGGAUCAUCCAUCAUUUCUGAUGAAGCUCAAUCUAGUUCUGAAUAUAAUGCAUCUGACAGAUCAUCAUCUAGACUGGUCCAACAAAGCAGCAUCCAGUCAAUAAGCCACCCACUUAGUGAAAUAAAUAUUAAAGAACCAAUACUUUCUUCAAAAGAAAAGCAUGACAAUACUACCACAUUUACCAGAAAAGAACAAGACAUAGUGAAGAGCAUGAAUGUGUUGCAUCUCGAAGAACAGAAUCUGAACAAAGAAAAACACAUUUCGCUUAUGGGACAAGGAAAGUUGCCAGCAGCUGCUAGUAAAAUCACAGAACAUGGUACUGAUGCGAAAAACAGCAAAGGAAGGAACACAACAAGGGAUUCUGGUAUUCCUGAAUCACUUGGUGGACGAGAAAUUGAUCAUUUGCAUAAUAGCAGCCAAGAACAGCUUAUACCUUCAGAUUCUACCAAGAGUCACAGUGAAAGAAGGAAUAAUCAGUUUGGUGAUAAUUCCUUUAGACCUCUACUGGAGCCUGCACAGUACCAUGCUCCUCCAUCCCCUCCACCUCUGCUGGCUUUCCCUACAGUCAAGGCUCCAGUACCCAAGGCUUCAACACAAAAGGUAUCUCUUGUUCAACAGCUGAACCAGCUUAAAGAUGAAAGAAUGCAAAUGGAGAAAGCUAGGGAAGAGCUGGUCAGGAAAGCAAAGGUGCUGAUUGAACAAUACAAACUUAAGAGACAUCAAGCCCGAGAUUCCUGGAAAAAGAAAUAUUUUGAAAGAAAAAAAGUCACGUCAGUGCUUGAGGAGACUCUCAACAAGCAGCGUAAUGACUUGGAGGUUUACUACAAGAAACUAAUGAUACAACUUGCUGCCCGGGAUAGCAGAAAGCGUUCCAAAGCGCCAGCACUAGCUGCAAAUUCAAAGAAUGCUGUGAUAAUUUCAAUAACUACAAAACAGCAUGAACUUGAUCAACUGAAACGCAAAGUGGAGAAUGCAAGGAUCAAGCUUCUAAUUGAAAUCAAGAUGAGGAAACAAGCAUCAUCUGAACUGAAUGUACUUAAGGCAGAGCUGGCACAGAAGAAGGCCCAAUCAUCUUUAAACACACCACCAGUUUUUGUCCAUUGAGCUAGCAGUCUGAAGAUCAGUCCAGAGGAUACAGAGUAUUUAUUGCAGUAACUUUUUGUAUGUCCAUGAUUCUGCUUAUACAGUUUCUUGUCUGAAUUGAACUGAAUGGAGUUAGAGGAAGACAGUAUAUGGAACUUACUUUUCUGUAUAUAUUCAUGCUUGUUUUAUAUGCUAGCUGUUUCUGUAUAUAACAUUUUAAAUAUUAAUGUAUGCUUAAUAUGCUAGAUUGCUUUUUUUAAAAACAAAAAAAUAUAUAUUUGUCACUCACUUUAAUGUUGUAUUAACACACAUACAGAGAUUCAUAAAAUUAUAAGGACUGUUAAACUGUCUCUGUAGUCUAUCUUAUAGCAAAAUCAGGAGAAUUCCACUAAGGAUUCACACUGCCAGCAACGCUAGGGUAAUCUUGUAAGUAGUGUUGAUUUCCCAUUAGUAUCAACUACUGUGCCAUUACCCUUAAGCUGCUGUGAGAGAGGACUGUUUUAUAAAGAACCGGACCCAAGAAUACCCGCUAUAGAUGUGUAAUAAUGAGGUUAAUAAGACGCUGAAUCACAAAUAUAAUUAUGCAUCCACAUGGAAACUCGAAACCAAAAGACUAAUAUAAUAUAAUAGAGGUUGAUAAAGCAGGACAUAAACCCACAACUGAUCUCACCAAACAAAUGCUUGCCCAAUGCACAUAUUGCCCAUAGCUAUAGGUUAUUUAGGGGCACCGUGUUCUCUCUACCCAUGUACCAAGAAUUACUAUAUUACUUUGAUUGUUUGAGAUUUUGGACCUAAGCCCCAUCCAUCACCCAAAUUUCAACCUUUGUGCUAUAUAUUUUUUUUUUUAAUUUUUGUGUGUUUUUUGUAGCUGCAUAUUCUUGUGUAAGGAAUAAAGAAUAUUUUGUGUAUUUAUAAACAUUUGAUUAAAAGUGACUCCUUUUUAUGAUGGAUUCUUUCUUUUGUUUUUGAUGCUGCUACCAUAUCCCCCCCCCAGAAGCUCCCACUCACUACGUCAGGGAUCCCCAACCUUUUUUACCUGUGAGCCACAUUCAAAUGUUAAGAGAGUUGGGAAGCGACACAGACAUGAAAAAUGUUUCUGGGGGUGCCAAAUAAGGGCUAUGAUUAGCUAAUUGGUAGCCCCUAUAUCGACUGGCAGCCAAAAGGAGGUUAAGUUUGUUAGUACAUCUGUUUUUUUAUGCAACCAAAAUGUGCCUCCAAGCCAGCAAUCUAAAAAUAAGAACCUGCUUUAAAGCUACUGCGAGCAACAUCCAAGGGAUUGGUGAGCAACAUGUUUGUGUUUAGUUUUGGUCUCCUUUGCUCAAACAGGAUAUUCCGUUUAAAUAUUUGGAAAGGAUUUUUUAUUGUGAGAGCUGUGAAGUUGUGAAAUUCCCUCCCUGAAUCAGUCGUACUGGCAAAUACAUUAGAUAGCUUCAAGAAGAGGUUAAAAUUCUUUCUGUACCAUUCAGAUGUGCUGGUAGGGGCCACUGCUCCUGAUAGUCAAUGUGCUGCCAUGGGACAGCAUAGUUGCUUAAAAACCAGACUGAAGAACUUAGAAAGCUAAAUAAAUGCAAUAUAUGCAAAAAAUACAAAAUAAAGACCAAUUGCACAUUGUCUCAGAAAAUCUAUGUCUACAGGGGAUACUUAACAGUUUGGUUCCCAAUAUUAUAUGGAGUGCUUCACUGGGGCUUGGUGAUCCUUUCCUUUUUUUCUUCAAACACUACAUAUGACAUAAGCCUAAAGAAUACUUUGGAUAUGCAUAAGGCUGUGGUUGAUUUGGAACAAUUCUGAACUGAUAUAUGAAUUAUUUAAUUUACUAGAUCAGCUGGUUCUUUUCUGCUGUCAGAUCUGAUUAUUCAGUAUAAACUCUUUUGACUUUUAUCACCUAAAAGGAAAUCAAAUGUACUUUUAAUACCAAUGUUAUAAGAAAAUGUAUUACAUUAGUACGUAAGUUGUACAAACACAUUUUUUGCACAGAUGCCUUUAAUCAUAGGCUUAUUGCAAAGAAGUGGGGAAAUGUAAAGCCCAAAUCUCCAAUCACAAGACUUUACCCACUGCAAAUAGAGGGGUGGGGAGGGGAAGUGAUUAAGAUUUAAUUACAUAAUACAGAAAAUCAGUUGUUCAAAAUAACAGGAGACAAACAAUUCAAAGUUUAACCCAUGAGGUUGUCUGAUGUGUAAGGUAAAGAUCCACGUCACUUCUUUUAUGUUGAGAAAGUUAAACAAUUUUGCCUCCUCUGCAAUUCAGAAAAACUCUUGCUAUUCUGGUUACAGAAAAAUCUACUGUCUACUUGUACUACAUUGUUUUCAUUAGGUGUCUCUUUUUGUCUGGCUUACAGAUUGCUUUUUGCAUUUAUUGCAUGUGAUUAAUAAAAUCAUAUUUUUUGUG